AUGGCGGCGGGUGUAGCAGCCUGGCUGCCCUUUGCCAGGGCAGCAGCCAUUGGGUGGAUGCCUGUGGCCUCGGGGCCCAUGCCAGCUCCCCCGAGGCAGGAGAGAAAAAGGACUCAAGAUGCUCUGAUUGUGCUCAAUGUGAGUGGCACCCGUUUCCAGACAUGGCAGGACACCCUGGAACGCUAUCCAGACACUCUGCUGGGCAGUUCUGAGAGGGACUUCUUCUACCAUCCGGAAACUCAGCAGUAUUUUUUUGACCGUGACCCAGACAUCUUCCGCCAUAUUUUGAAUUUCUACCGCACCGGGAAGCUCCACUAUCCUCGCCAUGAGUGCAUCUCUGCUUAUGAUGAAGAAUUGGCCUUCUUUGGCCUCAUCCCAGAGAUUAUUGGCGACUGCUGUUAUGAGGAGUACAAGGACCGCAGGCGGGAGAACGCGGAGCGUCUACAGGACGACGCAGAUACUGACAACACCGGAGAGAGCACGCUGCCCACUAUGACUGCUCGGCAGAGGGUCUGGCGAGCAUUUGAGAACCCCCACACCAGCACAAUGGCCCUGGUGUUCUACUAUGUUACAGGGUUUUUCAUUGCUGUCUCAGUCAUCGCGAAUGUGGUAGAAACAGUGCCAUGCGGGUCUAGCCCCGGGCACAUUAAAGAACUGCCUUGUGGGGAGCGGUAUGCAGUGGCCUUCUUUUGCUUGGAUACAGCCUGCGUCAUGAUCUUCACAGUUGAGUACUUGCUUCGCCUGGCUGCAGCACCUAGUCGUUACCGUUUUGUGCGUAGUGUCAUGAGUAUCAUCGAUGUGGUAGCCAUCCUGCCUUAUUACAUCGGGCUGGUGAUGACAGACAAUGAGGAUGUCAGCGGAGCCUUUGUCACGCUCCGAGUCUUCCGGGUCUUCCGGAUCUUUAAGUUUUCCCGCCACUCUCAAGGCCUGCGCAUCCUGGGGUACACACUGAAGAGUUGUGCCUCAGAAUUGGGCUUCUUGCUCUUCUCGCUCACCAUGGCUAUCAUUAUUUUUGCUACAGUCAUGUUCUACGCAGAGAAGGGGUCUUCAGCCAGCAAGUUCACCAGCAUCCCUGCUGCCUUCUGGUAUACCAUCGUCACCAUGACUACACUAGGGUAG